AUGGAGCGUGACCGCAGUCUUCUGAAAGCCACCACACCCGCCAUGUCUGCAUUUGCAUCUCGCGAUGAGUUUCUCGUGGAAGGCGUUAUUCCGUUCACUCAACGACUUGAUGCAGGCUCUCAAUGUUGCAUUUGUUUGCACGAGUUCCCGCAAGUUCCCGAAACUCCAAUGAGGUUCACGAUAUGCGGUCAUAUCUUCGGCUCAAAAUGCAUCGCCAAACUACUUGGAAACACUUGUCCUUUGUGCCGUGCCGUUCUCUGGGAGGACGAGACUGACCCCGAAGAGGGCGACUAUGGGAAUUCCGAGGACGGUGUCUAUGACGACUCCAACUACGAAUCCGACUACGAAUCCGACUAUGACUCCGAUUACGACUCCGAUUACGACUCCGAUUACCACUACGUUUACGAGGAAGGGGAAAUACCCGACGACGACGACGACGACGACGACAACAACAACACCAACCACGUCAAUCACCACCACCACGGCCAUCACCACGCUAAUCAGCACCACCAACCAUCCCCCAACGCUCACCACCACCACCACCACCACCACCACCACCACCAACCAUCACCCCCCACCGCCACCCGCUCCCUCCGCGCCCACACCCGGGCCCGCCGCCACCACCACAGCAACCACGCCACCGCGCCCGUCGUCCCCGGCCAGGCCGACCCGCGCCGCUACGACGACGACGACGUGCCGGUGCCGGUGCCGCCGCGGGCCGAGCGGCCGUCGCCAGACGACAUGCUGUCGUCCGCAUUGUUCGUCGAGGACGAACUGGACGGGCGUGGGACGAUGACGACGACGACGACGACGACGACGACGACGACAGCGGCGGCAGGAGGAAGGGGAAUGGAAGGGGGCCCGUUGUGGGUGACGGUCCGCGCGGCGCCCAUGGGGUGGGCGUGGAGGGAUUUCUUGCACUACUGCGCGGAGGGGUCGUGGAGGCCCGCCGUCGUCGACGACAACAAGUGGUGGGAUGUGCGCGUGCUGGCGGCGCAGGUGGAGCGCGAGGGCUUGCCGGCGGUCGAGGCGUGGAACGCGCGGAGGGAGGGGCAGGUGUGGGAGGCGGGGGCGUUGAGGGAGGCGUGGGCGCGGGAGAUGAAUCCCUGGGGCCGCAUGAGGGAUGAGGCGGUGGAGGUGGUGUGGUUGUUGAGCGGGAUGGUGCUGGCGUGGAGGUUGGUGAGGGAAGUGGAGGUGUUUGGGGAGUUGUUGUGA